CUUAGUUGUCACUUUGGAAUUGGGGGUGCAGACAAGACUUGUUUUUAAAGUUAAUAAGUAGAUGAUAACGAGUCUCGCAGAACUUGUGAUUGUUUAAUAAUAAGUAGAAGUAUAGAAAAUCAGAUACCUUCCAUUAUUCCAGAUAGUAAACAAAUUCUUUCACUUUGAGCAACAAUGGAGGCAGUGAUCAGCUUUGACUUUCAGAACUGCUUCAUCUUCAUCCUCAUAUUUCUCUUAACGUUCCUAUGCUUCUUUUUCUUCUUCAAGAAACCAAAGGAUUCACGAGUUAACUUCGAUUUGCCUCCGAGCCCUCCUUCUCUACCAAUCAUUGGUCAUGUUCACCUUCUCCUCUCUACUCUAACCCACAAGUCAUUACAGAAACUCUCCUCCAGGUAUGGACCUCUCCUCUAUCUCCGGAUUUUUAAUGUCCCCAUCAUCCUCGUUUCCUCGGCCUCAGUGGCCUACGAGAUCUUCAGGACACAAGACGUGAACAUCUCCUCUCGCGGUGUCACCGCGGUUGAUGAGUCCCUCGUGUUUGGAUCUUCCAGUUUCGUCACUGCUCCUUACGGAGAUUACUGGAAGUUCAUGAAGAAGCUUACUGUCAUGAAGCUUCUCGGACCGCAGGCACAAGAGCAGUCACGAGACAUCCGUGCAGAUGACAUAAAGCGGUUUUGCAGGAAUCUGCUCGAUAAAGCAAGGAAGAAGGAGAGCGUUGAGAUUGGUAAAGAAGCAAUGAAUCUCAUGAACAACAUUUUGUGCAAGAUGAGCAUGGGAAGGAGUUUUUCAGAGGAGAAUGGUGAGACAGAGAAACUAAGGGGAUUAGUUACCGAGUCGAUUGGCUUGAUGAAAAAGAUGUUCUUGGCAGUUUUGUUGCGCAGACAGCUUCAGAAACUUGGAAUCUCACUAUUCAAGAAGGAUAUCAUGGGCGUUUCCAACAAAUUUGAUGUGCUGCUAGAGAAAGUUCUUGUGGAACAUAGAGAGAAACCGGAGAAGGAUCAAGGUACGGUUAUGUUGGACGUGUUGUUGGCAGCUUAUGGAGACGAAAAUGCAGAGUACAAGAUCACUAAGAAUCACAUCAAGGCUUUUUUCGUGGACCUUUUCAUUGGAGCCACUGAUACCUCUGUGCAAACAAUACAGUGGACAAUGGCCGAGAUCAUGAACAAUACUCACAUUCUUGAGAGAAUGAGAGAAGAAAUUGAUUCUGUCGUAGGGAAAUCAAGGUUGAUUCAAGAAACGGAUUUACCGAACCUCCCUUACUUGCACGCUGUCAUUAAGGAAGCACUAAGACUGCACCCACCGGGGCCUCUCUUGCCAAGGGAAUUUCAACAAGGGUGUAAGAUCGGAGGGUUCUACAUACCGGAGAAGACAACACUUUUGAUUAAUGCCUAUGUUGUGAUGAGAGAUCCGAAUGUCUGGGAAGACCCUGAGGAGUUUAAACCAGAGAGAUUUCUAGCUUCUUCAAGGUCAGGGCAAGAGGACGAGAGAAGAGAGCAAGCUCUUAAGUUUCUUCCUUUCGGCAGUGGAAGGAGAGGAUGUCCUGGAUCAAAUCUAGCUUAUAUGAUUGUAGGAAGUGCAAUAGGAAUGAUGGUGCAGUGCUUUGACUGGAGAAUCGAAGGAGAGAAGGUCAACAUGAAAGAGGCUGUUAAAGGGACCAUCCUUACCAUGGCUCAUCCUCUUAAGUUAACUCCUGUCACUCGACAACCACCCUUGACUUGGAUAUGACACUGAAUUUGCAGACAAUAAAAAUAGAUUUCUCUCUAUUUUUUGUUUAUGGGUUUCCCGGUAUUAGUCUGGUUUGGCAUUUGUAGAGGAGGAUGUUGGGGCAAUGAUGUUGAUCUUGUUUCUCGAACAGACCCUCUGUCGUUUUUACAUUUAAAUGGUUAAAUUAUUUUGUAAUUCAGACUUGAGUGCACUUCCCAAUAGACUUGCUAAUUGAGCGUUUCUA